AUGCUGAACACCAAACAUUUGAUUAGAGGAGUUACCAGAAGUGGCCGCUUCUUGGGUGUAAAGCCCGCUCCUGCGAUGAGAUACAUGGCAAAUACAUCAAUGAACAAAAAAUCGGCAGACGCAGCACCAGCCAGUCCGUUUUUGGCCGAGAUUGAAGCUGUGACGCCUUCCAAUAGUGCACAUCUCAGCCAGCUCUCGGUAAAAGAGCUUAUUUCGCUUGGUGUCAUUGGAUUUGCAACUAUCAGUAAGCCCAUGUUAAACCUGGUGUUGAAGAUAUUCCCAUUUGUGCCGAUCUGGGCCAUGAAACUGCUAGUUUCGUCGUUGUAUUGCGGCGGUGACAAUUUCCAAGAGGUGUGGGAAACAGGUAAAAGACUUCAGGACAGAGGCAUCAACAACAUGAUGCUGUCGUUGACUAUCGAGGACGCAGAAGGCACCAAAAACAUCGAUAUCAACCAUAUUGUGUCCGAGACCAUUGGAUCGAUCCACGAGAUCCUCAAGCCCCAUUUGGUUGAGCAGCUAGCCAAAGCUUCGGAUGUCAACAGUAUCCCACCGGGAUACAUCGCUUUGAAGCCUUCGGCUCUUGUCUCCAACCCAUACCAGACGUUAUUGAACUUCAACGACCCAGAAUGGCAAGAACAACGCAACUCGCUUAUCAAUAACUGUACCAAGAUCACCCAAGAGGUGUUCAAUUUGAACCAGCAGCUUGCCAAGCAGUAUCCAGAACGCAAAACGCCAUUUUUCGUCUCUGUCAUCGACGCUGAGAAGUACGCAUUGCAGAAAAGCGGUGUUUACGAACUGCAACGCAUCCUCUUCCAGAAGUUCAACCCCAAGUCCUCCAGCAUGGUGUCCUGUGUAGGAACGUGGCAAUUGUACUUGCAAGAUUCCGGUGCUGAUCUCCAAAAAGACUAUGCGCUUGCCGAAAAGGAAGGUUACAAACUAGGUUUGAAAAUCGUUCGUGGCGCGUACAUCCACUCUGAGCCAGACCGUGCUUCUAUCAUUUUCCCUGACCAAGCCGGUACCGACAAAAAUUUCAACACCAUCAUGUCCAAUGUUAUCAACGAUCUGUUAGCCAAGGGCCAAGACUCAACUUAUGGCCACCUUGUGGUCGCUUCUCACAACUACAAGUCACAGAAGCUUGCAACUCACAUUCUCAACGGACAAGACGGUAAAAUUGGCAAGGCCAACGUAGUGUUGGGUCAAUUGCUCGGUAUGUCAGACAAUGUCACUAACGACCUGAUUGUCAACCAUAAGGCUAAGAACUUGAUCAAGUAUGUUCCUUGGGGUCCUCCUGCGGAAACCAAGGACUACCUACUGAGAAGACUCCAGGAAAAUGGUGACGCGGUGAGAGCAGACAACGGGUUCCCUCUAGUUAUUGCUGUGGCGAAAACUCUAUGGCAGUCGCUUUUGGGCAAACCAAAAACUGCUUGA